AUGACAGCUAUGAUUACUCUAUUCAAUUUGCUUCCUACUCUCGCUUUACUCGGUGCAGCUUUAUCUGGUCUCGAAAAGGUUCCUACCGCUUUAGCUCACGGAUCCGCCGCACGAUCACCUAAAGACAUCCAGCAUCGACAUUUAGCUGCACGACAAAGAGUCUCUGAGAACGUCGCCAGGAGAGGUGCCGCAUCCAAGAAGACAGGUUUGAUCAGACGACAAGCAGAUGGAAAGAAAUGUAGAGUCAGAGGACAGCAAGGUUCCCUCGCUACCACUACCUCGACUUCACCUGCCGCUACCAGUGCAGCUGCUACUACCGAGGAUGCUGUAGAUGCUGCCGCACCUUAUUCAGCCUCCGCCUCCCCUUCUCCUUCUCCCUCUCCAGUAGAAGCUUCUUCUGCUGCUUCCUCACCUGCGGCCACUUCUGCGGCUGCCAGUGUCCCAGUCACAGUCGGUUCAGGAGGUUCAGUCAACACCAACUCGAAAUUGGGUGUUGCAUGGCCUAACGGUGAUUGGGCUCAAGGAGGUGAUCUAAACUACAUUGGUAAUUACAUUGGAUCAAAAACCGCUUGGUACUACACCUGGUCUCCUUUCCACGUAGGUUCGGGUGACCAAGUUGGUCUUGAAUACGUUCCUAUGCUUUGGGGUCCAGGUCACGUUGGCGACUGGUGGGCUCAAAUGGGUCAAUGGCCAUCUACCGUCAAGAACGCUUUGUUCUUCAACGAACCUAAUCAAAAAGGUCAAUGUGAUGUUUCGGCCAGUGAUGCCGUCCAGUACUGGAUGAACGAUUACCUCCCUCUUCGAUCUAAAGGGAUCAGACUCGGUGGUGCUGCACCCACGAACGCGCCUGAUGGAUUAGUCUGGGUUCAAGAUUUCCAAAAAGCUUGUGUCGCAGCUGGAAACUCUGCUGCUGACUGCACUCCAGACUUCCUUCCUAUUCAUUACUAUGAUACUUCAGUUGAACGAUUCCAAGAAUACGUCGCAAACUACCAUCAACAAACAGGUAUCAACCUCUGGGUUACAGAAUACGCCUGUCAAGAUUAUAACAACGGUCCUCAAUGCUCGGAACAAGAUACUUGGAACUUCCACACUCAAAUGGCUGCCUGGUUUGACUCCCAACCUUAUGUUGAAAGGUAUUCUCCCUUCGGUGUCAUGAAAGACAUGCAAGGUGUCAAUCAAGCUAACGCUUUGAUGAACCCCGAUGGAAGUAUCACUUCUCUCGGUGGAUGGUACAUCACCUCUGCCUAG